GCUAAAUAAAGGUGGGCUGUCAGCCAAAAACCAACAGUAUGUGCGAGAGAAGAUGCGAGAAAUGGGACGGCUCAUGUGCAGUGCCAGGAGAGUCACCAGCUUGAAAAAAAUGGAAGAUCUGAUAAAUCCACAAACCUACAUGGAGACUGUUGAAGCUGUUAGAAUCACAUGUGGGUUCAACAAUGAAACAAACAAGUUCUCUGUUCCAUCACUAGCAAACAAGCUUGGAAAUGUCCUAGUUAAAGUAAGCAAACUCUUAAAAGCUCAGGGUUUGAUCACAGAUAACAAGGAGCUUGUGAAGAAUGCCAGUGAGUUUCAAGAAGUUCAUCGGGAGAAGUGGAAUGAGAUGAUUUCAUCUGCAGCCUUAAGGAACAUCAGGGAAGCAAAGUGGAAUGUGCCCACCCUAAUGCCCUUUACCGAAGAUGUCCAAAAACUGCAUGCAUAUCUUAGUCAAGUGCAAGAUGAGUGGUACAAUUCACUCACAGAAAGUCCAUGUACAAAGGCCUGGAUGGAACUGGCAAAAGUGUGUCUGACCCAGAUCAUUCUUUUUAACCGACGCAGGGAAGGAGAGGUGGCAAGCAUGCCGUUAUCAGCAUAUUUAUCUAGAGACACUACCGAUCCACACGAGGAUGUGGACUGGGCGCUCUCUGAAGUGGAAAAAAAACUCUGCAGACACUUCUCUAGGAUCAUCAUCAGAGGAAAACGUGGUCGCCCAGUUCCAAUUCUGUUGACUCCAAAAAUGAUGUCUGCUUUAGAACUCCUUGUUAAACAAAGAGAGGCUUGUGGAGUUCUAAAAGAUAACAGUUACAUGUUUGCAAGACCGGAAGCGGCAACACAUUUCAGAGGUUCAGACUGCAUUCGUGGCUUCGCGAAGGCAUGUGGUGCGAAGUGUCCAGAGUCACUGACCUCAACCAGGCUGAGAAAGCAUGCUGCAACCCUUUCAACGGUGCUAAACAUGACAGACACAGAGAUGGACCAACUAGCCAACUUCCUGGGACAUGACAUAAGAAUCCAUCGUGAGUUCUAUCGACUCCCAGAAAAGACCCUGCAACUUGCCAAGAUCAGCAAAGUUCUUGUGGCUCUCGAGAAAGGACGAUUAGCUGAGUUUCAGGGCAAGAAUUUGGAUGAAAUUGGCAUAGAUCCUGAUGAAAAGGUUCAGGCCAGUGAUGAGGAAGAUGGAAGCAUACAGGAGGAAAUCUGCUCAUCCACUCCUGAUGAACUAUUGGCAGAAGAGACACUUCCUCCUGCAGAGAGGGAAGAAAUGCCUCCACCACCACCACCCUCCAAGAGGUACAAACCAUCAUCAGAAGUCAGUACUAAAAAUCCUUCAUCCAAAGGUAAACCUUUGCAAAAGAAGACUCCAUGGCAGCAGACAGAGGUGCAGGCAGUGGAAAAGCACAUGAAGCGCUUCAUUACAUCUUGCAUUGUUCCUGGAAAAGCUGACUGCGAAAAGUGCAUAAGAGCUGAACCAGAAGCCCUUAAAAACAGGGAAUGGCAGAAUGUAAAAUUUUAUGUCCAUAAUCGCAUUAUGUCACACAAGAGGAAAUUCCAGAAAAAAAUGUAAAGACUUUCAGGUAGGACCAUUUUUGUUCCUGUUCAUGCUUCAGCAAAAUAUACCACAUUGGUGGUUGUUCUAUUGUAUGUAUAUGUUUUAUAUAUAUACAGUGUUAAUUGAUGUUAAUUUGAGUUCAGCUUUACAUAACUCAUAACAACUACAUUGAGUUGUGAUAGUGAAAGUGCUUAAACCUGUUGCUGGGUGAUUGACUGUGGAUAAAAAUAUAAAAACAAAUGCUUGUAUCUGGAAAAAAAAAGAAAAUAAAAGCUCUAACAGUGGGAACUUAGUGUUUGAAGGUUGGAUUGACUAUAUGAGUUUGCAAAUAUAUGGAAAAUUCCACUAUUCU